AUGGAUCGCUUCGAAGACGAUCUCCCGACCCGGUAUGGAGGCGGUGGCUCUCCAGCUGGUCCAGGCAGAGGGGCCAGCCGGCAGCCAGGCCCCCCGGGCGGACAGAGGAUGUAUAAGCAAACAAUGGCCCAAAGAGCCCGGACAAUGGCCAUAUACAACCCGAUACCGGUCAAACAGAACUAUCUCUCAGUCAACCGAUCCCUUUUCAUCUUCAGCGAAGAUAAUAUUAUUCGGAAAUAUGCAAAGAAAAUAACAGAGUGGCCUCCAUUUGAGUACAUGAUUCUCGCCACCAUUAUAGCAAACUGCAUUGUACUGGGCCUAGAGCAGCAUUUACCAGCUUUAGACAAGACACCCAUGUCAAAACGACUGGAUGACACUGAACCCUACUUCAUCGGAAUAUUUUGCUUCGAGGCCGGGAUCAAGAUCAUCGCUCUAGGCUUUGCUUUUCAUAAAGGCUCCUACCUCCACAAUGGGUGGAAUGUAAUGGAUUUUGUUGUUGUGUUGACGGGGAUUCUGACCGUAGUGGGGCCAGACUUUGAUUUGCGGACACUCAGGGCAGUAAGAGUCUUGCGGCCACUCAAACUGGUGUCUGGAAUUCCAAGUCUCCAAGUGGUUCUGAAGUCCAUCAUGAAAGCAAUGGUUCCUCUGCUUCAGAUUGGCCUUCUGCUCUUUUUUGCUAUCCUCAUGUUUGCCAUCAUUGGUCUAGACUUUUACAUGGGCAAGUUUCACCACACCUGCUUCAGAAACGAUACUGGGGAACAGGCAGCUGACUUUCCAUGUGGGAUGGAACCUCCAGCACGGACGUGUGAAGGCGACACUGUUUGUAGGGUUUACUGGACCGGUCCAAACUUCGGCAUAACAAACUUUGACAACAUCCUGUUUGCUGUGCUCACCGUCUUCCAGUGCAUCACUAUGGAAGGAUGGGUGGACAUCCUUUACAAUGCCAACGAUGCCUCAGGGAACACCUGGAACUGGCUCUACUUCAUCCCACUCAUCAUCAUUGGCUCUUUCUUCAUGCUCAACUUGGUUUUGGGGGUGCUGUCAGGGGAGUUUGCAAAGGAGCGAGAGCGUGUGGAGAAAAGGCAGGAGUUCCUGAAGCUUCGCAGACAACAGCAGAUCGAGAGGGAGCUGACCGGCUACCUGGAGUGGAUCUGCAAGGCAGAGGAAGUAAUGCUUGCUGAAGAAGAUAAAAAUGCAGAGGAGAAGGAGGAUGGUGCCUGGUACAAGAGGAAAUGCAACAACCCAGUAUUGAAGAGAGCCAAGAAGAGCAAAAAUGACCUCAUCAAUGCAGAGGAAGGAGAAGACCACUUCACUGACAUCUCAUCAGUCGCUCCCCAGGGCUCUCCAUUCACCCGUACAAGCGUGAAGAGCAGCAAGAACGAGAGCUCAUCAUACUUUCGCAGAAAAGCGAAGAGGUUUCGCUUCUUCAUCCGCCGUAUGGUGAAGGCCCAGAGCUUCUACUGGACUGUUCUGUGUAUAGUGGGACUGAACACACUGUGUGUGGCUAUAGUUCACUACGACCAGCCCGACUGGCUCACAUAUGCACUGUAUUUGGCGGAGUUUGUAUUCCUUGGUCUGUUUCUAAUAGAAAUGAGUCUGAAGAUGUAUGGCCUUGGGCCCAGGACCUACUUUCACUCCUCAUUUAACUGCUUUGACUUUGGGGUGAUUGUGGGUAGCAUUUUUGAGGUGAUUUGGGCAGCAGUAAAACCAGGAGCCUCUUUUGGCAUUAGUGUGUUGCGAGCACUACGUUUGCUGAGGAUAUUCAAGGUUACCAAGUAUUGGAACUCGUUACGGAAUCUGGUGGUGUCUCUGCUCAACUCAAUGAAGUCCAUCAUCAGUCUCCUGUUCCUGCUGUUUCUCUUCAUUGUAGUGUUUGCUCUGCUAGGGAUGCAGCUCUUCGGAGGACUGUUUAAUUUUGAAGAUGAGACCCCGACGACCAUCUUUGACACAUUCCCAGCUGCUAUCCUGACAGUGUUUCAGGUUCUGACAGGAGAGGACUGGAAUGCUGUGAUGUAUCAUGGAAUUGAAUCCCAGGGAGGAGUGCACCGGGGAAUGUUCUGCUCCGUGUACUUCAUUGUGCUCACACUGUUUGGAAACUACACUCUCCUCAAUGUCUUUUUGGCCAUCGCUGUUGAUAAUCUUGCCAAUGCACAAGAACUCACCAAGGAUGAGGAGGAGCAGGAGGAGGCCAUCAGUAAGAAACUGGCUCUGCAGAAAGCCAAGGAGGUAAAGGAGGUCAGCCCCAUGUCGGCCGCUAACAUUUCCAUCACAGCUUUUAUAAGGCCAAAUCCUGGUGCUCUUUCAUGCAGCUCCUCCAACUCCAGCUCUCAUUCACCGAGUUUUGUCUGCUCCCCUGCACAUCACUACUUGAGUAAAGAACAGCAGCGUUCUCUAAAAAUGAUGUCCGUGUGGGAGCAGCGCACCACGCAGAUUCGGAAGCACAUACGGGCCAGCAGUGAGGCAUUAUACCAAGAAGAGCUCAACCCCCGGCUGACCUCUAACCUUCACCUCCGCCCUGACAUGAAAACCCACCUGGACCGGCCUCUGGUGGUGGAACCUCGUUGUGAUGGUCCCAUCAGUCCCCACAGAGGCUGGGACAAACCCCAGGAUUUGCAAGGGGAGGGCGGCACACUGGAGGAACGAGUCCCCCCUGUGAUGGAGCCCCCACAGUCACACCCACCACGCAAGCACCACCGUCACAGGGAGCGUCCCUCCAAUGAGACCAAUGAAAAUGGUGACACAGGUCAUGGCAAAGAAGGCCGGCAUCACGUCCAUCACAGCCGCAGUAAGGAGCAUGAUGGGACACGGUGUAAGGAGGGGAAGAGUGACAGGAGCCGGAGCAGAGAGGGGGGCCGCAGACAUCACCACCAGAGCUCAGUGGAUGAGGGUGGUGGGGAGAGAGAACAUCGUCACCAUCACUCCCACAGGCAUAACAGAGAGGGCAACGGAGUGGUCAGUGCUGGGGGGAAGAGCGAACAGCGGUCCAGGCAGAAGGAUGGCUCACGUUCGGGAACAAGGGAGGGAGAGAGAUGCUCCAGGGGCGAAAAUGGAGGUAAUGGAGGGAGGAGACAGCACAGACUACGUACCAGUAAAGCUCAGUCCACGCUGGAAGGAGAGGAGCAACAAGGGAAUGAAGAGAAGGAGGAGGGCAAGUCGCACAGCCACAGACACAUGGACAUGGGAGGAGAUUCACUGGCUGUAAACCCCCAUCAACCUUCAGUUGGGAACCGAUGGUGUCUUGAGAAACCAGAAGACUCGGACAAUAAACUAAAUAUUGGUCAGACUGGAGGAAUGGGCACACACAUACCUGUGACCGUCACAUCUCCCCCUGGGGAAACAACCCUUAUUCCCAUGAACAGUAUAGACAGUGAGACGAUGCCCAUGACUGAGAAGAAUCUGGAGGAUCUGAACCAGAGCAGCCCUCGUCCCGUCCUUCCCUUCAGCUCCAUGUUCAUCUUCAGCCCAACCAAUCCGGUGAGGCGUCUGUGCCACUACAUUGUGAGUCUGCGCUACUUUGAGAUGUGUAUCCUGGUGGUGAUUGCCAUGAGCAGUAUAGCCCUGGCUGCGGAGGACCCAGUCCAAGCUAAUGCCCCUCGUAACAAUGUCCUGAAGUAUUUGGACUAUGUCUUCACUGGUGUUUUCACUUUUGAGAUGGUCAUUAAGAUGGUGGAUUUAGGUUUAUUGCUGCAUCCUGGUUCAUACUUCAGGGAUCUGUGGAAUAUUCUGGACUUCAUUGUGGUCAGUGGUGCACUGGUGGCAUUCACAUUCUCGAGCUUCAUGGGAUCACAUCAAAGCGUAAACAGAGGAACCAAGGGCAAAGACAUCAGCACUAUCAAGUCCCUGAGGGUGUUGCGAGUCUUGCGACCACUGAAGACCAUUAAACGUCUACCGAAACUGAAGGCCGUGUUUGACUGCGUGGUGAACUCCCUGAAGAACGUGUUGAAUAUCCUCAUUGUCUACAUCCUGUUCAUGUUCAUCUUUGCUGUCAUUGCUGUGCAGCUCUUCAAGGGCAAGUUUUUCUACUGCACAGACGAGUCCAAAGGCCUGGAGAAAUACUGCAGAGGGAUGUUCUUGGAUUAUGAUAAGGAUGAAGUAUCAGCCCAGCCCAGGGAGUGGAGGAAAUAUGAGUUCCACUACGACAAUGUGCUGUGGGCGUUUCUCACUCUCUUCACUGUUUCUACUGGAGAGGGCUGGCCAACGGUUUUGAAGCACUCUGUAGAUGCCACUUUUGAGGACCAGGGUCCCAGUCCGGGCUACCGCAUGGAGAUGUCCAUCUUCUACGUGGUCUACUUUGUGGUCUUCCCCUUCUUCUUCGUCAACAUUUUCGUGGCCUUGAUAAUUAUCACAUUCCAGGAACAGGGCGAUAAGGCCAUGUCAGAGUGCAGUCUGGAGAAGAAUGAGAGAGCCUGCAUUGACUUUGCUAUCAAUGCCAAACCGUUGACCCGCUAUAUGCCACAGAACCAGCAGUCCUUUCAGUACCGCUUGUGGAAGUUUGUGGUUUCUCCACCGUUUGAGUACUCCAUCAUGAUCAUGAUUGCUCUCAACACUGUGGUGCUCAUGAUGAAGUUCCAUGGGGCUCCUGACUUUUAUGAAGCAAUGCUCAAGUAUCUCAACAUUGUUUUCACUGCUCUCUUUUCAAUGGAGUGUAUUCUCAAGAUUAUUGCUUUCGGCCCCUUGAAUUACCUGAAAGACGCCUGGAAUGUGUUUGACUUUGUGACUGUGCUGGGCAGCAUCACUGACAUCUUAGUUACUGAGAUUAACACUACGGACCGUCUGCUGAACUUGAGUUUCCUGAGGCUCUUCAGAGCAGCCAGACUCGUCAAACUCCUCCGGCAGGGAUACACCAUUCGCAUCCUGCUCUGGACAUUCGUCCAAUCUUUUAAGGCACUGCCUUAUGUUUGCCUCCUAAUUGCCAUGCUGUUUUUCAUCUACGCCAUCAUUGGAAUGCAGGUGUUUGGGAACAUUGAGUUGAGUGAUGAUACCGCCAUAAAUCGCCACAACAACUUUCGCACUUUCCUCCAAGCGCUUAUGCUGUUGUUCAGGAGUGCUACUGGUGAAGCCUGGCAUGAGAUUAUGCUGUCCUGUCUGAGUGAGCGCACAUGUGAUGCGAGCUCGGGCAUUCAUGGAAAGGAGUGCGGGAGUGACUUUGCCUACUUCUACUUUGUCUCCUUCAUUUUCCUCUGUUCUUUCCUGAUGUUGAACCUGUUUGUGGCUGUCAUUAUGGACAACUUUGAAUAUCUGACACGUGAUUCCUCCAUCUUGGGCCCUCACCACCUGGAUGAGUUUAUCCGAGUGUGGGCAGAGUAUGACCCAGCCGCAUGUGGCCGUAUCAAGUACCUCGAUAUGUAUGAGAUGCUGCUCCACAUGUCCCCACCUUUAGGUUUGUGAAAGAAAUGCCCUCCACGAAUCGCCUACAAGCGGCUGGUGAAAAUGAACAUGCCCAUUGCAGAUGACAACAGUGUGCACUUCACCUCUACUUUGAUGGCUCUGAUCCGCACUGCCCUAGAGAUCAAACUGGCAUCAGGCAUGGUGGCCCAACGUCUGUCAGACGCUGAACUGAAGAAGGAGCUCACUACAGUCUGGCCAAACCUGUCUCAUAAGACUAUGGACCUGCUGGUCACUCCACACAAACCCAAUGAGCUUACAGUGGGGAAGGUAUAUGCGGCUCUUAUGAUUUUUGACUAUUACAAGCAAAACAGAGCCAAAAGACUUCAAAUGCAGCAACAGCAGCAGAGAGAACAGGCAGGACUUGGAUCUCAGAAUAAAGUCAGUGCUCUUUUAGAGCCUAUUCUCCCACUAACCCACAUGCAAGAUCAGGCCAUGCACAGUGUAGAUUCAGCCUCAGAGUUUCAAGCUCAGACCAGACCCAGCUCCACCAUGCUCAACAACGGACGCACACAUCUUGACAACACAAUAAAAGGAUCUUCAUCCUGGGCCUCAGAGAAGUCCAAGGAGGUGCAGCGGUCUAAACGGCGGCCAAUGUCCAGAGGUCAAUCAGAGGAUGCCUCAAAUGCGAACACUGCCCAGGAAUCAGUAGAAAUGAGGAAGAUGGAGAACAGUGCCAACACAGUGACCUCUGGCGGCUUUGAAGGCCAAGGACGUGCAGUAUCCAUGCCAAAACUCAACGCAGAGAUGCAGAGGAGUCAUUCCCGUCAUUCUCCUGGGACUUUACUGGAACCCAUUCCCGAUUCCCCCAUGAGACGCUCCGCAUCCACUUUUGCACCACAGCGCCCUCAGGAGGUGAAUCUGAAUGACUACACUUUGGCGAAACCUGUUCAAGAACGACAUCACCACCAUCACCAUCAUCACCGAUGCCAUCAUCGUAGGGACAGAGACAAGAAACAGAGAUCUCUGGACAGAUCGCCCACUGGCCAACACAAAGCUACAGGCACAGCCGCUGACCCUGUAGAGGAGAGGUCGCAUGACCGAGGUCGUUCCCACGAGAGGAAGCAUCAUUCGUCUUCGGCGGAGAAGCAGCGGUAUUACUCAUGUGAUCGCUACGGCAGUCGGGAACACUGUCCCAGCAAGUCUGCCGUGGCAAGCUGUGCCACUUCGCCUAUCGAGGCCCAGGAGGCCAGUCUCAACAAGCAGGGCAGUGGGUGGGCUAAGGGGAGCCCGGUGUUGUUGACCUCAGGGGCGAGCACUCCAAGCAGUGGGCGCAGACAGCUGCCCCAGACCCCCCUUACUCCUCGUCCCUCUGUGGCCUACAGGACUGCCAACUCCUCCCCUGUGCAGUUUCUGGGCACACAGGCCGGCUUGCUUCCCCCGAGUCCCGGCAGGCUGAGCCGCGGUCUGUCCGAGCACAACGCCCUCUUACACAGCGGCUCCAUCUCCAACUCGCCGGCCCCUGUCAGUCGCAUUAACUCAGAACCCUUCCUUGGGCCCCCGGACCACCCUGCCGUCCUCCAACCCGAAGCCUACGCUGUCUUCCAAGAGGAUCUGAGCCCUCAGAUGGGCCGUUCUCCCCAGACUGUAGGGAUGCCGAUCGUGGCGAUUCCUCCACCUCCCCAACAGCAGUUCCGUGGGGUUCCCAAUGGAUACCACUUUACCAAGGGCCCCGGCGCCAGCAGAGGACGGGCACGGCAGUACUACCCAGAGGCAGAGGUGGACGACUGGUGCUAGCAUGGCUUUAAUUUACACACACACAUACAGAUGAUGUUUUUGUUUUUCAAAUCAUGAUGAGUUUUAUCAUCUCUUAUUUUGCGGGUGGUGUUAAAUGCAGUAAUAAAUGUAUUUGUUUUUCAAUGUCCAAAGGAUAAAACAUACAUGUACGCUUACAAAGCAGCAGAUGUGGUAUAAAAAGGAUCAAAUUCACCCAAUUUGGAUGUAUUUCAGUCAGGCAAAAUGGUUUGGUGGGUGUGGUCUCUUUAAAAACACACAAGAUUGACAGUUUAUGUGCAAACACAUGGGCUUUCUCUUAAUCUUUGCCUUUUUAAGGGCAACAAAUGCCAAAAUGUGCUUGUGUAACCUGGGAAAAGACUGACCCACUGCUUUAAAUGUAGACCACAAUGGGCAUCUGGCCAGUUUCCCUCAAAGCCAGCCUCUGAGACGCACCCCAAAUGCAAAUAUUCCCAUGAAAAUGUUAUCUUGGCAUUAUAGAUGUACCUUGUAUCGUUUUAUUUGGCGAAACGCACAAUAUCAGUGCCCCCCAUCUCAGUCUAAGAGAAUUAAACGUUAUUUCACACUGUUGCGAAAGCAGAUUGUUCAUUAUGCUGCUGAUGACCAUUCCUCACACAUAUCACUCAGUGUGAAACCUUUGACAACCAUAUUGUACUUUGUUUUAUAUCAAAUUGUGGAUAUUUUAUCUAUUCAAUAUGUGCUUUUUUGUAUUGUAAAGACGAACGGUUUUACGUAAAUCGCUUACGGCUUCAUCAUACUGUCAGGUCUAACGAUUCUUCUUGACUGCUCCAGAUGUUAUUUACAAAGUGCCUAACC